CAAGUUUGCCUUCCCAUGCAUUCCAUCUCAAGCAAAAAUAUUCUUGACUGCUGAGGUAGAGCCACCAUUUAUCACAGUUUGCAGCAAACACACUUUUUGUGCAAUGGCAACUUCCAUAUCGUUCGCCGUCCGAAGGCGCGAACCAGAAUUGGUUGCGCCAGCUAAGGCCACACCUCAUGAAUUUAGACAGCUUUCUGAUAUUGAUCGCCAACUAUACCUCCAAUUUCAAUCACCACAUUACAACUUGUAUGCACACAAUCCAUCAAUGCAAGGGAAAGAUCCUGUCAAGGUAAUAAAGGAGGCAAUUGCGCAGGCACUUGUGUAUUAUUACCCUUUUGCUGGUAGGAUUCGACAAGGGCCAGACAAUAAACUUAUAGUAGAUUGUACUGGUGAGGGUGUCUUGUUCAUCGAAGCCGAUGCCGAUGCCACGGUUGAGCAGUUUGGUGAUCCAAUUCCAUCUCCAUUCCCAUGCUUUCAGGAACUUCUUUACAACGUCCCAGGAUCAGAUGGGAUCCUCAAUACCCCAUUAUUGCUUUUUCAGAUAACACGCUUGAAGUGUGGUGGUUUUAUACUUGGCUUCCGUCUUAAUCACCCAAUGAGUGAUGCCAUUGGCCUAGUUCAGCUAUUGAGUGCCAUAGGUGAGAUCUCACGAGGUGCUCAAGCCCCUUCAAUUCUACCUGUGUGGCAAAGAGAACUCCUUUGUGCUAGGAAUCCACCUCGUGUUACUUGCACACACAACGAAUAUGGCGAUCAUCAUGAUCUUGUUGUGGAUCCUAGCGAGCUCAACGUUCCUGAAUUUCGCGGUAGCAGUGACGGUGCAGCCCACCGUUGUUUCAUCAUCGGCCCUAAAGAAUUAUCCAACAUUCGUAAAUGGAUUCCUCCUCAUUUACACCCAUGUUCCAAGUUUGAAAUAAUAACCGCAUGCUUAUGGAGAUGCCAUGCCAUAGCAUCUCAAGCAAACCCUAAUGAGGAGAUGCGCAUUUGUAUGCUCGUCAAUGCACGUUCCAAAUUCAACCCUCCGCUACCAAAGGGUUAUUAUGGUAACGUGCUGGCAUUGCCAGCAGCUAUAACCAGUGCUAGGAAGCUCUGUUUAAACUCGUUAGGGUAUGCUCUGGAGCUGAUAAGGCAUGCCAAGAACAAGAUCACUGAGGAGUACAUAAGAUCGUUGGCCGAUUUCAUAGAGAUUACCAAGGGCCUGCCUAGAGGGUUGCCGUCAUAUGUUGUGUCAGAUUUAACAAGUGUUGGGUUCGAUCAGGUGGAUUAUGGCUGGGGUAAGCCAGUUUAUACCGGCCCAUCUAAGGCUAUGCCUGAUGACAUUAAUAAUUCUGGAACCUAUUACUUACCCUAUAGAAACAAGAAAGGAGAGCGUGGAGUCAUGGUUCUGAUCUCCUUACGUGCACCAGUUAUGGAAAGAUUUGCAAUGCUAUUCGAGGAGUUGACCAAGCACGAUCCAGAUAGUGGCGCAGCACAUCACCACACGACUCUCCCUAUAAGACACAGGCUUUGAUAUAUUUUUAUUCCCACUUGAGAUUGUCUCAAUAUUGAUCUUUGAAGUGGACAAGCAUGGUUUGAACUUUCAGCAGGUCGUGCAACAAGAUUGGAUUAGCAUCUGCUUUCUUUAAGAAAUUGUGGUUAAAUAAAUACUGACAGGUCUUAUCCCUUCCUGGUGUCAUAUAUAUGGUUGAUCGAACAGGGAUUACUUGUCAAGAAAGUAAGUCAACAGAGUGAAUGUGUUCUGUAGGGUUUCCAAUUGCUUAUAAAUUUAUGUAUAAAGUCUUAUCAGUGUUCUAUAAUUUUCUUUAAAUUUGUUAUCAUGGUAUCAUCA